AUGGCGACCAAGAGCUCGAGGAGAACAUAUACACUUCCUGCUGGCUUGAAGACUGUCGCUAUUUCUGCCGAGAAUCAUAAGUCCACUGGCCACAGCAAGUGGCACCAGGGUGAACGCAACACAAAGGUUGAAAAGGAGAACAAAGUAGCCAAGGCCCAUGUGCAGGCCAAGGCAUCAGGCAGGGACAAGUCGUCCACGGGUGAAGCCAAGGAGAGCGAUGAGGAUCCUGACUUUGUUACUCCUAAAGUCUAUGUCCAGUAUCUCAAGAAUUUCUUCCUCUUCCGAGACUCUGAGGCGUCUGAGGACUCGAUCACAUUUCAGCUUUCAGACGUCAAUUUCAGCGGCGAACGGAUUUCGUUUACGUUCAGGGACGACGAAGAAGGCGAUGAAGGAGACAAGGGCGGCAACGAUAACAGCACCCAAAUAGGAUGA